GCAGUCGAAAACAAAUCGGUGUUGAGUGUGUGCGUGCACCGUUGCCCAGUCGAAAAGUGAACGAGACGAAACCAAAAUGAAUCGACGUCGUCCUCGCGAAGUUCGUAAAUUUUGCUAAAAUUUUCCCAGUUUCAACCAAUAUUUUGUGCCAAAACCAGUGUCAAAACGUUCCGCAGUGUUCGCUCUGUCGAAAUCAAGUGCAGUUUGUACGGUCCGGAAGAAUGCUGAUCGGGGAAAAGCAUUUCUUUCUAGCACCACCGAGAUUUGACUUCGUCACGAAAAAAUCUGAAGAAAAGAUGACGAUCGACGACCGCCGCCGCCAAGAAGAAGAAGACGAGUUCCAUGCAAAGGCAGCCGAAACGAAUGGAAAGCAUCAUCAGCAACAGCAACAGCAGCAGCAGCCGAAGCGGUGCUAAACAAAAAGCGGGUGGAAAAGGAAAAAUCGUAAACAACAAAGAGCGCCGACACAAAAAUCCCGAAACGCGGUGAAGAAUACUAGGCGGAAGACGAAGAAGGUUUCCUUCCAAAUAAACAGCGAAUUGCACACACCGAGACUGAUUGGAUUUCACAUACCUGUAGUAGCAACGUUAGCCAGGCAGAAUUCGCUCUCCGCGUACAACAAAGUGUCAAGAUGACUUCCUGUCGACGAUCGCAUCAGUAUUAUUAUUAUUGCUUUCAUUAUCUACUGGUGAUGGCAGUGACGGCGGCCUUUUUCGGCUGUCGGCAAACGAAUGCCUCCUCUGCCGGCUCCUUCAAUCAUAUCUUUGUAAAUAACAUAGUUCCUUCGAUAAGUAGUAAUCUAAGUGGUAGCGUGAUAAGCAUUGAUGAUAGCAGCAGCAACAGCAAAGUGCCUUUGCCCUCGACGCCCAGUGGACCGGUGUUCCCGUUCGUUCCGAUGGCACCGGUAAUUCAGACCGCACAGCAGCAGCAGCAGCAACAAGUGGCUGGACACGAUCGGGAGUACAGCAUACAUGAACUAACGAAACUGUUGGAAAUGAAGCUGAAACGGAUACGGAACCAGGAGUUGGACGUUCCUGUUGUACAGGAGCUUUACGACACGAUGGAGUUCACAUCGGUGAUCCGAAACGACAUCGAAGAACUGGAAAAGAUGGCCAAAAAGCUGACGGCCAAAUUCGAGCAAUCGGCAGCGGUGAUAGACCGACUGCGGGCGUUCGUUUACGAAUCAGCUUCGCGGCACAGUGCCAAAUACAACACCAUCAUCAAUCCGUGUCCAUAUAGCAGCAGCAAUGAGCUGAUCAAUCCGUGGGACGACGAGCCGCAGUUUGAUUUGCAGAAUUUCAUACAGAAUGCAAAGCUAAUUAAUUCGUCAAGCAGCUUGAAGCAGUUUUCGGGUGACGGUGGAUUUUUGGACUUUUCAGCGUUUCCGGCGAGUCCGGAUGAUCGCCCCCGGAUUCGCAUUAGCGACCAGACAGUGGAGGAUAAUAAUCAAAGCCUGCAGAAACGAAUUCUGGAUCAGAUCGCACACCUACAGAGCAGCUUUUACAGUUUGAAGCAGUUGUUCUACUUGUCCUCGUUCGACCAAGCAAGCGCCUUCAAAUGCCAUUACUAUCCGAAGGAUGGUCGUUUGAAAUCACUAUAUCUGUCCUCUGUGAGGAGUAAGCACUUCGUAAUCAUGCUGGAUGUGGGCAAUUCGGUGAGCUUUGAUCAGCUGGAAGUGGCGAAAGCAAUCGUCAAAUUCUUGAUUUAUUUGUUGAACGAAAACGAUCGAAUUGCUUUGAUAGCGGUUAGUCAGAAACUGACGACAACGGAAAGUUUCUUAGAUUGCGUGGAUGGUCCGUUUGUUAAUGCUACCGUGGACAACAAAGAUCGAUUGGUGGAUUUUGUAGAUUCGCUAAAUAAGACUUCAUCAGCCGCUGCCCACGUUUCGGCGUUUCGGUAUGCGUUCAAAGCCAUUGAAGACGCUUACGUGGGAGUACAGACGGAACUUCCGAUUGUAUUCCUGUAUCUAGGCAGAGCUCAACUCUCGCCCAUCACGACAGCAGCCAAAACAGUGAUGCGAACGAUCGCGGAAGGACAAUCUCGACUUUCGUAUCCGGUUAUCAUAAACACUUGUUUGAUCCUGCUCGAUGAGCGAGAGAUCCCUUAUGAAAAACAGUUCAUCGCAGACGUUACAACGCAGAACUUUUCCAAAUAUAACUUGAGCGGAGUGUUCUUCAAGCCACGUCCAGGGAAGAUGGUCAUGAUUUCGAAGCACAGUUUUGAUGCCCAUCGAUUCGUAAUUGCUUUGAUGGAACCAUUCCUGAAUGAUUUGAAGUUUACCGAGAGCGGUGUUCGUGUCCAUCUGCCGUACCAUGAACCGUCCACGCACGAUACGUUAGUAACUCUUUCCGUCCCCGUCGGAACCCAUGGACUGAUGGGAAUCGACCUGUAUUUGAGUGAUCUGGCAGAGGACGUCUCCUACUACAAGCAAGACGAUGAAAGCUACGCUUUUGUGAUCGACCUACAAGGAAACACCAUCAUGCAUCCUUCAUUUCCUAGGCCGCUGGCGGCCAGGGAGAGCUUCUUCGUCACGAACAUCACCCGUCUGGAGCGAGGACUGACCAUGUCCGACUUUCGGUCCAUCAUCUCCGAAGAAAGCGGCAACAUCACCCUGAAUAAACCCAAUGCCAAUCAAAGCACGAUUUACCUAUGGAAACGAGCACGGUUCUACAUCAUGUGCAUUGUUCGAACGAUCAACUUCGAUCGUAAUCCAAACAUUUUGCUGAACGGUGCAAACUCCCGGUUCAGCCAAUCACAACAACUUCAGUAUUACCACUCGAAAUCGAACGCAGACUACAGCUUCAUCACCAGCAACGGUGUGUCCGGUCGUAACCUUCUGUCGGAUCUUAUCUACCACCGGAUAGACAUUUAUCCGGCUCAUCUGCAGAGGCCUUCAAAUGUUGGCUUCGAUCAGCCACCCAUCGAGUCGCUCCGCGUUUGCCGUCUCAUGAAACAACUGGCCCUAGCGGAUGAUUCCACCCUGUAUCUCAGUUCGUCUUCGUUCCAAUCACCGUACGCCCACAUCCGAAACAACCGGGAAACUGCCAACGACGACGACAAUGUCCGCGCCAUCCAGAACAUCAUGGCCUACCUCAAGGACACCACAUCGCUAUUCGCGAAUCCCGGUCUGCUCCCGGAAAUCCGCAGUGACGUUCUGGCCUUGCUCAAAGUCAUUUCCACCUACCGGCGCCGCCACGGAGAGAGCAAAUUGAGCAAAUACAUUAUCCGUCGCUACGCGGCAACCGUUAAUGGUGUUCUGGAAGUCUACCCCGGAGGUCUGCUCGACACGGACAUUGAACCCACCAAACGACCCUGGUUCGUAAAAGCCAUGGAAUACCCAGGGAAAAUCGUCGUUACCAAACCCUACCUGGACGCCGGAGGGGCCGGUUACAUCGUAAGCGUCUCCUACACAAUCUUCGAAGGCAUCGCCGACGCCCUGCACAACACCGAAAACGACAAACCCAUCGUGGUCGUUUCGCUGGACUUCACCCAGGGAUUCUUCUACAAACUGCUAACGGAAUCGUCCAGCAUUUGUAACUCGGAAAACAUCAAGUGCUUCCUGAUGGACGAUCGGGGCUAUUUGAUCGCGCAUCCCAAGUUGAUCGAACCGGCCAUCAACAACAAUCGGCGGAUGCUGGAGCAUAUCACGCACAAAGAGUCCCAGGUGGCGAACGAUAUCCUGAACCACAAGCAACUGGUAACGAAGAAAAUGUGCUACAACUACGUCAAUCGGACGGUGCAACGGUUCUACCAGUUCAACAUGUCCCUCGCGGAGGUGGUAACCAAUCUGAUGUACGGCGAAAGGACCAAGUAUCAGAUUAUGUUGAUCCCGGGCACGAAUCUGUUCAUCGGAGUGGUCAAUACGACCAACGACGGGGGAGCGUUCUGUCCGUGCAGUACGGUCGGCAAUUCGUGCCUCAACUGCAACCGAAUGGAGCAAACCGAGUGUGAGUGUCCGUGCGAAUGUCCCCUGGAUUACUACGAAGAUGGCCAGUCAUCGGGUUCAACAUGUCAUCAAGCGGAAAGCACCAAUGCGGGACGUAAACCUUCGCCCCAAUCCAUCCCGCUCUGUUCACCCCUGCCGGAGGAUCUGAUUUCGAUGAACGCCCUCAAUUUCGAGAGUGAAUACGAACUGAAAAGUUGCAGUAACAUCAACUGCGAGGAUUACACUACGCAGAGCGAGUGUCUCGGACUUGUCGGAUGUGAGUGGUGUCAAGUGGACAUCGAUGGAGAAAACACCCUGACGACUCCGUUCUGUACGUCACAGUUGACCUGUUUCAAUGGCAUCUUCGGUUCAGCAACUCCAUAUGGUGAUAUCAUGAGCAAUAACAUAAUGGAAUCGGUUUUGCCACCCGCUUACAGUGCUAUUGGACCUGUAGCCGGAGCGAUCCUUGCUCUCUGCUUGGUGGUUGGGUUCGCCAUGUACUGUUAUCGACAGAAUACCGACCAAAGUGGUACAUCCGAUCAGCUGUACGAUGACCUCGUGGCAGAUCAUUGCAAUGGAGUGCCGCUUUCCAGGUUCGACAUCGAGGAUCACAGUCCUCCAGAUGAUGGCGAUAUUGGACGAACGAAUGCCAAGCAGAAUCUUCUCAUGAACGGACAAAGCAACGCCAAUUACAUGAUCUUCCCGAACGUAGCUUCUCCGUAUCAGAUGUCUUCCAAUUACCGGCGGCCGAACGCAGGUUCUUCGGACCACGGUUAUUCUACCAUGACGCAUCACGAGGAAUCCGAACACCUUUGCUUAUCGAACGCAGAGCCGGUCGCUCCGAACGCUUCCGGAAAGCGUCUCUCGAUGUCCGACUCGGCAUCGAUCAACACCUCGGUCUCGAGUCCUUACAGCAAUCACCAGAACUUCCUGGCUCUGUCCAAGCAGCAAACCCCACAGCUGGUGCCCAGUGAUGAAGAGCAUCAGCAGCAGCAACAGCAGCACAAGUUCAUCGAUCCUUCACAAACCAUUCUCCCUUCACCGACGUCCGUGUCGCGGACGGGUAUCUACGGCGGCGGUGGAGGGGGACAUCACAUCCUCGUUCCGGUCACCGUUCAUCGAAACAUGGACGUUUCCUAACGAACGGUGCUAGGUUAUUUAUAAGCUCUUAGGCAUGUAGAAUAUCCCCGCUCCCCGCUGACCAAUUAGUUGUAGUCGUGUUGUUCAGUGUGACCGGAUGGAAGUGCAGGAGACGCGAACACUAGGGUAAGUAACAACCAAUCAUCCCCCAUUGAGUGUACCUUAACCAUGAGACCUACGCGAGGCUCACGUAUCCACAGAGAUUUCCUAUAAGUAUAUGCAACGAAUUGAGGACAUUUUAGAUAGCUCUGUACUGAAUAGCUCAGUAAUGCUGUAGCAGGCUGCGCUGCUUUAUCGUUUGGCGCAGCACUCGUCAGUGGUUAACCGAUUCGUUCCCAGAGGGUCAUAAUAAUUCUACGUGUACUAUACAAAAUCAUCAGAAUCAAGUAGAGGUUUUAUUCAGAACGUUUUUUAUGCAUAUUUGAAAUAAACAUUUUUAUGGUUAAUUUCAUGGAACCGCUAAACAUUCGUAUGUUUAAAUCAACUGUAUAACAUAGUUGAAUUAAUUACAAAGUCUGGUUUAAGCUGUUAUAGGUAGUUGCGCUUAAAAAUUAUCUUGCAUCAUAGUUCUAUCCAGUAUAUGCAAAAGUUUCAUGCAACAAUUUCUGUAAAAAAAUCAGAACGUCCAUUCGUCACCCUUGCACGAGAUUUUAAGCUUGCAUUAAUAUGUUAUGGAUGAAUUUCUCCAGAGAUACAUGAUGAGGACAGAUAUUUCCACACGAAUGCUUCCCAGAUCCGCUCGUCAAAUUUCUUAGGCUGCUCAAGAAACUCCUCGGGAACUUCUUUUAGUAAUUUCUUCAUGAACUCAUCCCGAUUUUCCUCAAAAGACCAAGACUUAAAAAAAUAAUUAUUGAAAAAGCAGUUUAUAAAAAAAUCAAAUUUACAAAGAUUAACAAAGAUGUUUUUCCUGCAUAACUAUUACUAUUGUUUAUCAAAAGGUUAUGGGCAAUAGUGGUACCGCCUUCUUUUGAUAAUUUUAUACAUACACAUGCACAUAAAAAAACGUUCACGAGUUGAAACAAAAAUGGGAACGAAUCGAUUAAUUUUUACUGCGACCAGUUGACAACCAAUGUCUAAUAAUAUAAUAAUAGAAUAACCACUUUCCCCACCCUGCAAUUUCUACUAACUGUUGACUGACUGUUGAAAUUAUUACUAAGCAUUAUUAUACAUCGAGUCUUUAAGAAGUAUGGCUUUUGCCAAACCGCUAGAGAAUACGAAACGCCAUCUUGAACGGUUAUCCAAAUCCUCUCUUCCUAUACAGCUGAAUGUUUUCAAUCGAAACUGAAUGUUACUAACUAAAAUAGCGCCUAACAGAGCAGAAUUAACCAUAAGAAAUAGGCACCCGUAUUAAUCAUGCAUUUCUUAUGAAAACGAGUGCAUAAUUUGACCCAAAACAUUUAUCCAACAUAGACUGACUCAUCUCAAAACCAACACACCAACCACCCACAUUUACGGUGGCAUUAUGGCAAUUUUUCACGAACAAAAUUUUAGAGCUUACUUACUGUACCAGUUUAACUACAACAAGCUUACGUUUGUCAAUUAGAUGUGAAAAAAAAAUCAUAUGAUGUUAACUAAGAAAAAAAGAAAGGUUGUUGCUAUCCGGAAAGCAUCUCUACUGUAAUAGAAUGCGCUUCUUUCCCGCAAAUGGUGCAUUUGGAAACUUUGUAAUAAGCUUUACUAUAAUGUAACGAAAAUCUAAAAUAAAAAACAAGAAAACAAUCGGCAACCACUUUUCUGUCGGUGAAAUGUUGUGAAUUUUAGCAUGUUUUUAACGUUAGGCUAUAGUUGAAUUUAUACACUUACGAAUAUCUAAGAGAGAAACAAAACAAAAAAAAAAACGAUAAAUUUUACCUAGAUUUAUUAUCUGCGGCAACUAUUUUCUUCCUUCGCUGGACACUGUCGAUCGAUGUCGGAUGUUGAUUUAUCGGAUGUCCUCAUUUUUUACUACUGUAGUACCAGAUAAAUGUAUUUUAUUUGCAACAAACUGCGAAACUACCAGACCCCAUUUCGCGGGGUUCGAAGCGAAUUGCAAUGAAUGUAAGAAAAAUAUAUUGACUAAUCAUCAAGCAA